AUGGAACCGACGCAUUGCCUACUGGAUGCCCACGUUUCGGCGGCAGUCCGUCAUCCAAGAAAUUUUGUUUUCGCUCGUUUGUUGUUCAUGUCACAGUUGUCAAACGGACAAUUCUGUUUCAAUCAUGAUGACAUUGUGAACUUUUACUUGUCACCGAAACCGGUGUCAAAUGUUAUUGUUUUGUCCGUAUAUGUUUAUUUCUCUGACACGUUUGAUUUCCAAGAUGCGCAAUUCCCGGAAAUUCUCCCUACCGAUCACGUGACAAACAUAGUGCGUGAAACGCGUUUGCGAUUUUCCCCGCAAAUUGCCUCCCGUAUCUGCACCAACGGUUGUUUGAGCUUGGGUCGUUGA